AUGGAAAAUAUUCAAAAUGAUGAAAAUAUUGUUAAAAUCGGCGGUGAUGUAAGUUUUACAAACAUUUUGCUGUUGCUAACAUUUAAAAUUAUAUUUAAAAAUAAAUAA